CUGCUUCCGAAGAGCAGGGCGUAAAUUACAGACGGUCAUUCAGCCAGUUUCACUGUCUUCAAGCUCUGGAGCCGCACCUGAUCUCAUCCACCGCCAGUUUGUUUGUAUUUUCAACUCUUUGUUCAUCUCAUCUCGAUUCAACACCAGCAAACCUCAACCGCGAGCCAAAAUCAAAAGGAAAAAUACCAAAAAAUGACAAUGUCAUUAGAAGCCUACCUCGCCAAGCUCAACCGGGCGGUGAAAACCAGAUCCGGCCACGAUCUUGCGCUGCUGGUCUCCAAAGACAACAAAGACCUGCUCUCUGCAGUCCGCAAUUUCUCGUCCUUUUCCGCGGCGUCUGAUAUCAGCACAGUUGCACACAGCACAGUCAAAAAUAAAGAUUGGGCGGCUAUUGCUUCUGGAAGUUGUCUGGUCGCGUAUCUAUAUGAGAUCGAACGGGAUCCGGUGCUGGCAUACCGUGAACAGAAUACUCUUACUCAGCUUUUUAAUAGAGUCGUGGAGAAAAAUGACAACUGGAUCUUACCAGUUCUCUACACCAUCACGCAACAGCUACGCCAUAUUGCCGUCGAAGCAGACACAAUAUUACAGAACCAGAGCAACAGCCAAAAUUCCAGCACAGAAAAGCAAGAGAGAAAGCUAGAAGAAGCAGCGAGAACGAUCAAUAGAUCACUUACAGUCUGCCUGAAUGACCGCAACUCGCCGCUCGAGAGCUCCAGAAAACAAGGCAUCUACUUUGUUCUCUCUGUUCUCUUCAAAGUCUACUUCAAGCUCGGCGUGCUCUCUCUCGCAAAAUCAGCACUGCGCGUUCUCAACUCUAGCUCUGCCGCCGGAGAUGUUCCUCCGCUGGAGACAUACCCAAAGGCUCACGUUGUCACUUUCAGAUACUACGUCGGCAUCCUUGCAUUCGUCGAAGAAGACUACGAAAAGGCCGAAGAACAUCUUUCGGCAGCGUUAAACCUCUGCCACCGCAAAUCUAUCCGAAACCAGCAACGUAUACUAUUAUAUCUCAUACCGACUCAUCUCCUCCUCCGUCGUCAAUUUCCCCAAGCCGGAGUCUGGACCCAAUUCCCUGAUCUCGCUCGACUCUACCAACCGCUCUUCGCCGCCGUCCGCCGCGGCGACCUCCGCGCUUACGAGUCUCAUCUUGCAGCCCGGGAAGCCACACUCAUCAAACGCAGACUCUACCUCACUUUACUCAAAACCCGCAGUGCGAUUGUCCGUCCGCGGUUUUUUGAAAUGGUCUAUCGCGCAAAGGACAGGAACUCGCGCAUGCCGGUCGCGACCUUCAGAGAAGGACUGCAUGCUAUCGGCAUCGAUGUUGAUGACGAGCAGGUCGAGUGCUGGUGUGCAGUCAUGAUCUACCAGGGUCAAAUGAAGGGUUACAUCUCCAGAGAAAAAGGCAUCGUGGUCCUGAGUAACACCGACCCCUUUCCAAAACGCAGAUAGCACUAUCCUGUUCUUCUUUUCCUUUUCUUAUUUUUAAAAUUGUAUGGAGGCGUAUAA